AUGGGCGCCGCAGGGUGUCUCGUCUUUGCCGUGCACUGCAUGGCCCAGGGCGGCUGGAUGGUACGCCACCCACACAGAGAGGACAAAUCUCCCCCUUCGCACCGACACCCCUUUUCCCCAUCUCCCAUUUCUGUAGGACUCGACGAUCCGGGGGCUGCUGACAUUGCGUACAGGCUGCUCCUACAUCGCCAUAGCCAUCAUGGCCUGGGGACUCGCAGCAUUCUUCGACGGCGGAGUUCUCGACGAAAUAUACGGCACCGCGGCGGUGCUGUGCGGCCUGUUGGGGGUAUUUGCGGCGAGUUCGAAGGACGGCGGGAUGCUGGGGACUUUUUACUGGGUGUUGGGGGGGAUGGUGGUGUCUACGGCAGGGUAUGGGCUGGUGUUGGCGUCGGAGGUGUUGGGAUGGCUCGAUUGGGGCAAAUUCGGGAGCAAUAUCGUGCUUUGGUACGCCAACCACCACCCACUGCUGGAGAGAGAGAGAGGGAGAGAGAGAGAGAGAGAGAAGAUUCCCUCUCUUUCUCUCUGUGUGUAUGUUUGAUGCCUGUGUAGGGACCGCUCUCAGGCGUUGUUCUACACGGGCUGUCUGUGCGCAGCGUUUGUGCUGCAGGUCUGCGGCCUGUGUGUGACCCGGGGGCUGCUGGAGGUGGUGCAGCAGGGGGGCGACGGGGAGGAGUGGAUGUCGGCGGAGCAGCUCAAGAUCAUACAGCAGUAG